GUUCUUUUAGAAAGAGGGAUUGUCCGUUCUGUUAAAAAUUAAAAUGUUCAAAAAAUGUCAAACAUUUAUAUGCAUAUUUAAUCAAUAGUGUAUCAUUCAUUAAAGAUUGAGAAGGCCUUGUACACUAAAUAUUCAUAAUAAAAAGUGAAAAAUUUUGAGGACUUUUUUUCAACAAAACCAGUUAAAUGGGUCAUAGAUUUCAAAGACAACCUACAUAUUAAGGAGUAAGAGGAAUAUUUAAAAAAGUAAUUCUAUUUGUAAUAUGAAAAUAGAUACUAUCCAAUCACAUAAUAAUCUAACAAAUUAAAACAAUUAUUAGAAUAUUACAAAUAUCAUAAAGACAUACCUAGAAUGUUUUUUGGAUUCUUAGCGGAUAUUGCUACUUAUUAUUACGAGAAGAAAAAGUAAAUAUCAUAUUAUAAAGAAUUAGAAAAUAUGAAUAUAGAAAGAUAAAAAUUUAACUAGGAAUUCCAUAUGAGUAAUCUAGUCUAAGCACAUGUAUUGAGUUUACUGUAAUAAUAGAAUAUGAAAAAUUAAAUGAAGAUAUUUAAGUCUUAAAUAGUAUCACAAAGUUAAGUGAAAGAUCUGCCAAAUCUCUAUUAAGAUAAAUAAUUAAAUUUUAAAAGGAUGAAGAUUAGAUUGUAAUUAGUCUAUAUACCAUUUUAGAAUGUAGAUGAAACAUGGUUAACAAUGCAAUAAGAAAUCUAAACAGAAAAAAAUAAUUAAAAAUAACUAACUAAACAGCCAACUUAGAACCUUAAAAUAUUAAAAUAAUUAGUCAUCAGAAACAAUUAAAUAAAUAAAGAUAAACUAAAAUUAAAUUUGCCAUUUCAUUUGAUCAAUGGAAAAAUCUAAGCAAAUAUUAGAAUUUCCUAAAAACAGUCUCCAGAACGGCCUAAUCCUACUCAAAAAUCAUCUUCCUAAUAACAUAUUAAUAGUAGUCAAGAAGAGAAUGAGUUCCAAAAGUUCAUGAAAGCUAAGAUUAUAAAAUUAUCUUAAGAUAACAAAAUAAAAAUUCAAAAAAUAUUCUCGAAUAAAGUUGACCAAAAUAAUAAUAAUAAUAACCAAGCGAAACAUAGUAGUGCUCACUUUAUUACUAGUACUAGAAGUGUUUCAUCAGAAUAGUUGAAGACAGAAUAAAUGCGUUUAAGCUAGAUCAUUAAUACUGGAGGAAAUAGUUAAAGCCAACCUAAACUAUUUAAUUAUAUUUCACCUGUGCAUAAGAAAUCUGCUUCCUAGUAGUCUUUAUAAACUGAAUGCACACCAGCUAAAAAGGAUUCAAAACUUAUAAAAAUAUACUCUAACAAUUUUAGCAGUAAAAUAAAGACUUAACCAAAAAAGACUCCCGAAAAACUCCGAUAAUUGUAUAAAACAAGUGCUUAAACUUCUCAAAACAGUUCUUAAAAGAAUCUUAUUUAAAAUCUCGACAAACUUUCCUCAUUUUAACAAUUCAAAAUUAUGCUGGAGAGUCCUAAUCCAAAAUAGAAAAAGAAACUGCAAUUACAUAAUACUGAUACUAUCAGAUUAUAGACUGAAUACAAAUAAAUAACUAAAAGACAAUCUAUUACGCUAACUCAAAAUAAAAUUAAUGGCAAAAUCAUGAUGAAGAAAUAAUGA